AUGGCUCCGCCUCGGCGUAUUCUGAGACAACAAUUAGAGAUUUUAAUGAAUUUCUUGGAGGAAAACAAAUAUAUGUCUAAAGGAUUAAUGCCGGGUGCGCCGGUCUCUCAUCAAAAAACUCGACAGAAGUGGGCAAUUUUAGCUAAACAACUUAACGCAGUACAGUCAGGGGCAUUGAAGACGCCUGAUGGAUGGAAAAAGUACUGGUUUGAAUGGAGACACAAGUGCAGAAAAAAAGCAGCAAAUGCAAGGAGGUUUCGGUCGGGGUCUGAAGGAGGUUCAAAUAGAUGUAUCCCACUCAAUGACCUAGAAGUCAGAGUUUUAGAACUAAGUGGCAAAGGCUCUGUUUCCACUGCCGUGUCCUCAUCUAGUCAGAAUGAUAACUUUACAGGCGAUUCAGAUUCUGAACCUUUAGAAAAUCUUAAAUUAAAACGUACACCAAGCACUUCAAAACUUGGACAAUCAGUUGGACCUGAAUCUCCAAUAGAUGAUAUCCCCAGUAGAGUGUCACCACCACCUAAGUGGGCGAUAGACUUUGAAGAAAGGAGAUUAGCAGCUGAAGAGAGGAUAGCAGAUGCACUAGAAUCUAUGGCUAAUAUAAUGAGGAGUCAGGAGGAAAGACGGGGCUUGUUAGAGGAACGGAUAGCUGAUGCUCUCACAGCCAUAGCUGGGACAGUACAGGAUCUGAACAGUGGAGUACAAGAUGCCCUGCAACAAUUACAUCCAGUACAAGCUAAUGUUUUCUACAGACAUUAA